AUGCACCUAUGGCGUAUAGCAGCAAAUUGCUUACCUACUAAAGCUUGUUUAGCUAGAUUCUGUGAUUUAGAUGAUGUCCUUUGCCCUCUUUGCAAGGAUGUUGAAGAAUCUAGCCUCUAUAUUUUUAUCUCUUGCCCCUUUAUGAGAGCUAUUUGGUUUAACUCCCAAUGGGGACUAAGGUUAGAAAAUCUGAACUUAAACUCUCCUUCUCAUCUCAUUGGUGUCUUCCUUAAUCCUCCCGCUGAAGCUAAUAUUGAGGGAGUCAAGAGGGGUGAAUUCUUAUUGUUUGGGACUGUUAUUUGUGAAGCGAUUUGGAGAGCUAGAAACCAAGCUAUCUUUGAAGGCAAAGAAACUAAUCCAAUUGAGCUCUGCCAGAAAGUUGAUAAGACCAUAGUUGAGCACAGAAUGUCCAUAGCAUUCCAUUCAGGCUUCCAAUUGCUGAAACCAGUACAAAGGUGGAAGAAACCACCUAGAGAUUCAAUCAAGAUAAAUGUUGAUGCUACUUUCAAGGAUGGUAACUCCUCCAUUGUAGUGGUUGCUAGAGAUUGGAGAGGAGAAGUGGUUUUUGCUUGUGCUAAGAGAGUAUAUUCCAACCUCCCUCUUCAGGCAAAAGCAGAAGCCAUUAAAUGGGCCUUAAGUUUAGAUAAAAGUCUUGAAGUAGCUGCUAUAAUUGUGGAGAGUGACUCCAAAGACUGUGUAGACGCACUAGUACGUUCUGGCAAACAAGUUCCCUGGAGAAUUAAAGGUAUUUGCAAUGAAAUUCUCAACUUGAUUUCGCUUAUUCAUGGCUGUCAUGUUACCUGGAUCCUUAGGGGGGCAAAUAAAGCAGCUCACUCUCUAGCUAAGUGGUCAUUUUUGAACAAUGUUUUUGGAUCUUUUGAUGUUGGUUUCGACCCUCCUUGUUUUGAGAUUAUCAUUAAGGAUGAGGCUCUUGUAUCCUCUUUGUAG